GUGAGUGAGUCUCUUCCACAAUGUUAGCGCAAAAUCUUUUAAUCGUUUUAUUUUUGGUGUCUAAUAUAACAUUAGCGUCAGGUUUCCUGGAUGUGUUGGCGGCUGUCGGCUCUUACGUGCUUAACGUGGUUUUGAAACGGGACGGUUUGCUGCCUUUUGACACUAAACGUUUGAAGGCAGAUUUAAACAAAUCUCUCUUUGGACAGCACAUCGUGUCUGAUGUUGUAUUAAAAGCUGUAUCGUCAUUCAUGACUGACAGAAACCCAAACAAACCACUGGUUCUGUCUUUCCAUGGGACUUCAGGAGUUGGGAAAAAUCAUGUUGCUAAAAUCAUCGCAAGAAACAUUUACAAAAAAGGGGAAAACAGCAAACAUGUUCACAUAUUUACAUCGGAGCUCCAUUUCCCACACAGAGAACAUUCACACAUCUACAGUGAAACACUAAAGAAAUUGAUUCUUGACAAAGUAUAUUGGUUCCCCCGCUCCAUGUUCAUAUUUGAUGAAAUGGACAAGAUGCAUCCUCAGGUGAUCAACAGCAUAAAACCUUUUCUGGACUACAAUGCCCAUGUAGACAGAGUGUCAUUUCACAAUGCAAUCUUCAUCUUUCUCAGUAAUGCAGGUGGGAAUGUGAUUGUCGACAUGGCGCUGGAUUUCUGGAGAGAAGGCAAAAUACGGGAAGAGAUCAGCAUGAACAGCAAAGAAAUUGAGACUAAAAUCUCUCUAAACAUCUUAAAUGAUGAGAACAGUGGAUUUCAGCACUCCAGUCUCAUAGAUCAUCAUCUGGUUGAUCACUAUAUUCCUUUCCUACCUCUGGAGCUGAAGCAUGUGCGUCAGUGCGUCAUGGCUGAGAUGGUCCAUCUGAACAUGACUGAAGACUUUGAUCUGGCAGAUAAAGUGGCCAGAGACAUGCCCUUCUUCCCUGAAAAAGAGAAAAUCUUUUCAGUUAAAGGCUGCAAGUCUGUCAGACAGAAACUGUAUCUCUAUACUGAUUAAUAGAUAAAAGACUUUAGCAGCA